AUGAAGUGCGCCUGCUGUUACGCGAAAUGGAAGGGUUCACUUCCCGAUACGGAGCAAUCGCGAUUUCCCGACUUCUCUUUUCUCGUUGAUAGUGAGAGCGAAUUAACACCGGAAAACGCAGCGAAAUCCGAAAGCAACUUAUUGAAGGUGAUGAAAGUCUCUGGCCAAGAUCAAGAACAAGAAAAACAUAAGCAUGGGAAUUGUGAAAAAAAGAAUAAACCUCAUGGUAUUUCGGGACCUUUUGUCAAGAACUCCAAGUCCGGGAAUACGGUUCAGGCUUUCAUCGUUCAGACCGCUAUGAUGACAAACGAUACGAAGCCUUCGACCCUGGAACCAGAACCAAAAAUGAUUGUAUCUUCUGAUCGGAACACCGAUUCUUUUCUGGGCAAAUCUGAAUAUCCUCAUUCCUCGAGAAGCGAGCCUUCCAAGCGAGCAGCACGUGCUAUGGGAUUAAAAUCGUCUAAAAGGGCUUUGUCAAUGAAAGUGGGACAACAGCCGCGAAAUGCUUCGUAUCCCAUCGAUCGAAGGUCGCGAUUAAGUCGAAAGUCGUCGGUGAAAAAAAUUGCAGAUAAAUCAAUGAGAGCUAAAGCGAAACCCUUCGCUGUGAGAAUCUCUUCCGAUCAAAUCGACCAAUGGGAAAGCUACAAAGGAUCGUCCAGUUUUUCAAGCUUGAAUAAUGAGAACGUGGACAGUGAGCGUUCGAAAAAGCCAGACUCAAAGAUAGCCUUGAAAGACGAUGAGUCAUCACCAAUGUGUCAGUUUAAACCUUGGAAAGCGUCCCACGAUCCCGGCUACCUGGACCCAGAUCGCAUAAUAUUACGACGAAUGACGAAUCCUCAGAGAAUCUUGGUAGGGCAAAUGUGCGCUUCCUUGAAAACAAGAAAGAUCAACAUGGAAGGUUUGGUGAGGGAGAAAACACCGUUAGCGGCACUGAUUGCGCCCGUGUUCUCUAACGAGAUUAUCAGAAUCCUGACUAAGGGAAUACGCGGAGUGGGGUCCAGGAAGAGGGAAGUGGCGGAGGAAAAUGACGAAGACAUAGCUAUCGUCUCCGAGAAGCUAACUGGCCCAGUUCUCGCCAGGAUCCGUCAAGCGGUCGCGGAAAAUGAAACACAGCGAAAACUGCAUUCUUUCUUGAAAAGUCAACUUUGAAGCUGCGUAUUUACGGGAAGAUUACCUAGAACACAAGGUACCCAUACGCUUUAGG